GAGGACAAGCGAUUCGAAGCGAGGCGAUAGACAGUGACAUGCCCCACUUGAGCAGUACAGCCACUAUGAGGCAACUAUGCCACUUCGCGUCUUGGCCAGCGUCCAUCCCGAGGCUUGGUGGGUAGGGCAGCAAUGCGGGCGGUGAUAAAGGAGGAAGCUGGAGCCACGGACCUAAUAUAUAUAAACAAUAACCCCACAUCCUCCCCUCCCUUCUUCCUCCUCUCCCUUCUCUAACCACUCUUCAGUCAAUCUCACACACAAACUCUCUCUUUCCCUUCCUAAACAACCAUCCACCAUGUCUUUCCACCAGUCCUGCCACGACAUCCACAUCGUCCACGAGAUGGGCAGUACCAUGCUCUGCUGCGUCGCCCGCGAUAACAGCGGCGUCGGCCACCCCCGCAAGAUCCGUCUCGACCAGCACAUCGGCAACACUGACGGCUGGUUCAUCUGGGGCGGCGAGAACUUCACCCGCUCUGCAAGCGACGUCCGUCUCGAAGACUCCGACCGCGGCCCCAAGCUCACGGCUGAGCUGCUCACCCGCGACGGUGGCUCCAAGGGUCGCCAGGGUAUCUUCCUGGCCGACAAGAUCGCCAACGAGGAUGGACACUUGAGAUUCUUGGGUCCCUGAGUCAUUCUUCGAAGCGAACAAUUAUUAGCAUAGGGAUACGGUGUUUAUUUGUAUUGAAAUCAGUCAGACUUGAGCGCAUAGCUGUCCAAACAAUGUACCAACUUUUCGAAAUUGAUCUUUCGUGCCCCACACGGGUAGAACUUGGCUUCUGUUUCUUUUCGAAUAAUGGAUGACAUGCUUUUCCCAUCUGCCGGGGGACUCCAUAUGCCCCGACC